UGCAGUCCUCAGAGUCAUCACGCACUGGUGAGCGAGCUCCAUAAGAACAAGUGCAGCGACGAAACCGACACAACAAAGUCAACUCCAGUUUUUUUAAACGUCCGGACCGCGUGAGACGGUCGCUUUCCUCUGAGGACCAAAGCGCUGCUUCUGUACCGAGGACUGAGAGAAGUGGACCAGCUUCAAACCCAGUAUGAAGAAGACUCCAAAUUCAGCUCUGAAGAGGUCCUUUGAGGUGGAGGAUGUUGACACUCACUCUUCCCCCGGCUCCCGUCGGACAACCAACACCCCUCACCGUAACGCCAUGUCUCCCACCAGCAUCUACUACCGUGACCUGGGCACUGCUGCCCAGGCCACCAACAACAACAACCUCAACUAUACCCAACCCCGCUCCAUCAUGGGUGGAGGAGGCUCCAGGACCCCCGAGCCUGUGUCGCGCCGUUCCGAGCUUUCCAUCGACAUCUCCUCUACUUCCAGCAAGCAGGUGGACAACAUCACCAGCCCCGGUUCCGCACGCUUUGCGACCAACAGCGCCCUGAAACGCCCUGAAGUCCUGGGCCACUCCAAGACCCCUGAGCUGAGCCACAAGAGGGAGGUCACUUUUGCCAAGACGCCCACUGAUUCUCCAGUGAUACGUCGCAAUGAGGGCAACAAUAACAACAACGGCACCAGCCGGAACCCUGAGCAGAAUCACGCUCGCAAGUUUGAGCCUCCUAGUCCCGGAGAUGUCCGCAAACCUGAUAUCAGCAUCACCAAAGCUCCCCCAGAAAACAACGGCCACCACCCGGCAGUGCACCACCCACACCACCCCAACCCUCACCACAACACCAUCGUCACCACCUUCCGCUGCUCCUCGCCUAAUCAUCCUGGACGAAAAUCUCCCAACCCUGACAGGUCAGAGGUCAAUCUGAGCCACAGCAACAUGUCAGAGUCCGCUAAGCCCCACCAUCCUACCCCACAAGGUAAGGGGGAGAAGACCCAUGGCAGCGACUUCAGUUACGUUGGCAUCGAUGCCAUCCUGGAGCAGAUGAGGAGGAAGGCCAUGAAGCAAGGCUUCGAGCUCAACAUCAUGGUUGUAGGGCAAAGUGGCCUGGGGAAGUCCACUCUGAUGAACACCCUGUUCAAAUCCAAGGUGAGCCGUAAGUCAGUGCAGCCCAACCCAGAGGAGAGGAUCCCCAAGACCAUCGAGAUCAAGUCCAUCAGUCACGAUAUUGAGGAGAAAGGUGUGAGGAUGAAGCUGACAGUAAUUGACACUCCAGGCUUUGGGGAUCAGAUCAACAAUGAAAACUGCUGGCAGCCCAUAAUGAAGUUUAUCAAUGACCAGUAUGAAGCCUACCUGCAGGAGGAAAUAAACAUCAACAGAAAGAAGAGGAUCCCGGACUCUAGGGUGCACUGCUGCAUAUACUUCAUACCUCCCACAGGCCACUGUCUGAGGCCUCUGGAUGUGGAGUUCAUGAGGCGUCUCAGCAAGGUGGUCAACAUCGUCCCUGUCAUCGCCAAGGCUGACACGCUCACCCUGGAGGAGAGGGACUACUUUAAACAGACGAUUAGGGAAGAACUGCGAGCCAACGGAAUCGAUGUUUACCCUCAGAAAGAGUUUGACGAGGAUGCAGAGGACAGGCUGAUCAAUGACAAAAUCAGGGAGAUGAUCCCUUUUGCUGUUGUGGGCAGUGACCAAGAGUACCAAGUGAACGGCAAGAGGAUUCUGGGAAGGAAAACAAAAUGGGGCACCAUAGAGGUGGAGAAUAUUGCACACUGUGAGUUUGCUUACCUGCGAGACCUCCUCAUCAGGACACACAUGCAGAACAUCAAAGACAUCACAGGCAGCAUCCACUAUGAGACGUAUCGUGUCCGCCGUUUAAAUGAAUCCAACGCCCAUUUCAGCACACACCCAUCUGACCAUCCUGAUGUUCAGCCAAAGGCCAAUGGUCAGCCUGAGGAGCAGCCCAGCGCCCUGCAGGCCAACGGGGUGGCUGCUCAGCUCGAAGCCCUGUCCCACGAGAUGUAGAGAAUCCUGUGAGGAGCCAAAUCGCCAAUUUAUGAUAUCAGGACACAGCCAGGCACCAAACAUACACUCGCACAUGUAUUCUGUUUACAUAAGCCCACAAACACACACUCAUGCUGUGAAGGCCAGUUUUGUUACCUAGAAGGACUUUUUCUUGCCAAAAAACUACCUAACCGCAGCUUUUAAUUUAUCAGGAAAGUACAAGACACAGGAUGCAAAGUAAAUUUCCAUAUUUUCCAUCAUUAUUUUUUUUUUAUCGUUGCAACUCUGAGAAAAAUCCUGUCUUCCCUCCAGAUCCAAAUACUGUACAGAACUCCUCUUGGUUUUUUUUUCAUCUGACUGAGCGCCCAAUGCAAUCUACAUUCAGGAUUGUUUACAACAAACCAUGAAAGUCGUCAGGUAGAAACAAAAGUAAAUCUAUAUGUCUCAUUAUUGAGCUUUGAGCUGCCAGGUUUAUUUUUAGAGCGUACACUGACUGUCAGGACUGUAGUGGAGCGCAGUAGCCAUAUAACUAAGAUGUAAGUAAAUCACCAGUGAAACAAUGUGCGAGAUUUUGAUCAGAAUCAACCACAGUGAUGGAAAACACGUGCCCAUGAGAAAAAGCCUAUUGCAUACAGAAUACCUUUGCAAGAUCUUGGGUUGACAAGAGGUUUAACUAUGCAGUCCUGUCCAGAUGAGGAGAAAUAUCAUAAUUCAAAAUGAAGUACUGCAUAUCAGAUGAUACUAGAAUAGCUCUAAACUAGGAAUUACUGUUAGUGCCACUGGCCUGGUCUGCUUUGUGUUGUGGUGUAUAGUUUUGUAUAGAUACUAGGGUUAAGUAGGGUAGAUUUGGUUUAUAGUGUUACGGAGAAAGUAAAGAUAUUGUUGACACCUCCACACUGCAAAAUAAUAAAAAAAGAAAGAAAGCAGAAGCAGUGUGGAGCAGCUUUUUGAAAAAUAAGUCCUCUUGUCAUUUUUCCAUUGUGUUAUGUUUUUAAAACCCCUUUUAGCCAAACCACCCUGUCUCUCUCAUAUAAUGCCAAUGUUGUGUAAUACAGUCAUACCUUGCAUUUUACAUCGCUCAUUUAUUAUUGUAUUUUUAUUGCUGUUGUUCAUCUUCUAAUAUUAUUGUAUAAGAUGGGAGGAAUCUGUGCAACUGUUGUCCCAUGCAGCUGUUUUGUCCAUUUUUUUCGUAAACCAAAUAAAAGUCAAAAUUUCUGUUCUAAAGAGAAGCACAUACAGUAUAUAGAGUUGAUUUAUGAAUAGGUAUUUAUGUGUAUGUUUAGUGUAAUCAGUUUAAUUAAACGUUCAUUCCAGCUGUUGGCUUCCAGAGGUUUGUCGUAGGUCUUUAACAGUGAUCUUCUAGCUGUAGACAGUGUUUGAUUUUUGUUGCCUGCAUUCAUACAGUAUGUUGUACCAUGUUGGCGAGGUUGCACUAUAACUAAGCACCAAAGGAAAUGUGGUGGUCUAUAUUGUGCAUUGAUUAUUAAUAAUCACGACUGAUCCUAGCAAUAGAUAACAGAACAGUUAUAGUCACAUUGCAAUCUUAAAGCAUUUUGUCAGAGGGGAAUGUUUUACUGCCACUGAGAGCAAGAAUUUAUGCCAAGAAACAUUAAAUAGCACCCAUACAGUAACAUGAUGCAACUGAUAUUUUUUAAUAGUUGUGGGAAAAUUCGUGCAUUCAUAGGCACUGGAUAUUUUUAUAGAGGCUACAUCGAAAUUGAAACCAUUUCCUAAAUCAGAAGCAUAGUUUCUGCCAUUUUAAGUCACAAUAAAAAUAUUUUACACAACAUACAUACAUACAGAAGAUAUCAUUUAAAAAACCAAGAGAACUAUUGUCUUUUAUCCAGAGAAAGUUAUUUGGUUACACUUUGUUUACUGUUGUAUAGUUCUUGUGUAAUUUGUUAUGGUAUCAUAGAUUAAGGUUUUAUCUUUGAUAUGCUAUCUCGAAGAAUAAAGAUUGAUAUUUUUAUUGUUUAAA